AACACUGUCUCAAAAAAAAAAAAAGAGUAAUUGUGGGGGGUGAAAUGUGAUACGAAUAUGCCUUCUUGUAAGCCUAUUUGGAAGGGCAGGAGAGAAAUACAGAUAAAGGCAGAGUUUUGGUUUUGGUCUUUAAAGCUGGAAGGGAUUUGCCCAUGGAGAGGGGGAGGUUUGAGAAUUGGAAAAAGUGGACAGUUAACAUUAGUAAGAGCCCAGAAGAACCAGAGGGCAGGAGAUCAGGGGUAGAGUGGUGGGACUAACCCCAAGAAGGGAAAGAAGGUAUCUUCCCACCCAGUGGCCUGUGGACCCAGGGCCUUGUCUUCUGUCUUGACCGCUCUCAAGAGAAACCAAACGGUUAGCUUAUUUCCUGACAUUUCUGACGAGCCAACUGCAGGGUCCUGGUAGGCAGGGUAUUGACUUAGGUAGAGCUCCGAAUUUGAAGUCAAAAGACAGCUUUGAUUUCUUGUUUUCUGCUUGACUUCCUAUGUUAUCCUUUCUGUGCUGCAAUUUUCUCAUCUUAAAAAUGAAAAAAUGCUCUCCAUGUUACAGGUUUUUCUGAGAAUAAAGUAGGACAAUAUAUGAAAACACUUUAAAAGGGUACUUGCAAUUAGGUAGCUUUUUGGAGGUUGGUUUUUUUAGUUGUUGUUUGUUUUUCUCUUUGCUCUUAGAAUCUGGCAGUGUUCCAGUGACCAGGAGACCUGGCAGUCUCCAAGAAUGUUCUCUGCAAUUGCUGGCUUCUGAUGAGGCAGCUCACACAGGAUUCGCUGUCGUAGAUUUAAAAAUAACAAAAACAGAAACAAGUGCAUCCACGGAGAGUUGGACUGUCACCAGAGGUUUGGUAUUAUGAUUAAUUGUAGAAUGCAAGCCAAUGGAAGUCAGCUCGCAAUCACUGAAACAUGACCAUUUGGUUCAACAGCUCACAAUGAGUUUAUUAUUGUGAAUUGUUUAUAAUAAUAGAAUUUUCCACUAGGUGACAGCAAAGCCUAUAAUAUUAUCUAAAUCAUUGUUCCUCUUGAAUAGUGUUUGAGAAUCUUCCAAAAGCAGUGGAUCCUGCCAUUCUGAAGAGAGUAAUUAAUGCUUAAACUGUAACAUAUGGCCUUGAGAUAUUGUUGUGACUCUCCUGAGAUAACUAAACUCCAGGUUUUAAAAACCAAUUUUAGUUUUUGACAUUCUAAGUCACUUUUUACAAAAAUUUAUAGAAACAACUGCAAGAAUAAUUUAAAAAGCUAACAUUUGUUAAGCAUUUGCUGUGUGUCAGGUACUCAUAAAUGUGCAUGGCUGUUGAUACUACCCAACUUCUCAGAGGUUUCAUAGGGACCACAAGUCCCUCUUUUAAUAAAGAACUAAGUCUUCCCUGGGCCACUUCUGUAAGCAUAACACUAACUACAUAAAUACAUGCUCUUGGCUGAACUGCCCUGCCCAGAAGAAGAGGAGUUUGGUUAUGCAUAUUAAUGGUUUAGUCAAGAGCCCUUUACAGGGUUUUAUGAAUAAUUGUUAGUUAUAAUUGGUGUUUUUCAGAGCAUUUAUCUUUUUUUUAAAUAACUUUUCGCCUCUUAGACCUAUGUUAACCCUUCAUUGGGUUCCCUGUUAGUGGUUCAUUUAUCUUGGGACUGUGUUGAGUUUCUGGGGUAACCUAUUGGAGUCUUUUUUUUAGGGGCUAAGGCUGAGACUCCAGGCAGAGUGAGUUUGACUUAUCACAGUAACAAAGUCUUUAACCAUCAGAAGGAAGUGGGAAUUACAGGGGCGUGGCUGGUAUUUGAUUCUGAACCCCUGGCCCCUGAAUGCUUGCCUUGGUUCUAAGCAGAGAAAGGGCUGAGAAGUAAAAUGGCAGGGGUGUUUAACCCACAGGCAGGCCUGCUUAGUUUGUUUUCUUCAGUCAGAAUAUAACAUAAAAACCAGGGAGCUACAUAGCUGGCUCCUAUACAACUACCCAUACUGCUUUUCUUUUCUUUUUAAUUAUUACUAUCCCUGAAAGAAUGCUAUAAAUGCACAAUAUGAAACUUCCAAAGGCGUAACAGAGCAUACAGUUAAAAAGUAAGUUUUCUUUUCCACACCUGUUCCCCAUAAGAAACCUCUGUUUCUCACAGUUUCGGGUUUCCAGUAAAGUUCAGCCUCAGCAGCCUGGGGAUUCUGUGCUUGGCAGGACAACGGUACAGAUGCUGGCUACUGAUGAGGGGAGCAGUUAGGAGUAGCUCAGGUUGUGGAGUGAGUCAAGCACAUGUGACACCUCCUGAUGAGGCUCAGGGAAUAGGGGCUCAUGGCAUGUGGAAAAAUGAGCCAGGAAGCUUUGGGAAUUCAUAACAAGAUGGCCUUAUGUGUACCCACAGGCUGGUGUGGCCUGGGGGAAGUUGUAUACUAUCAUUAUAGAAAUAACUUAUGUUCUCAGAUGAAAGUUAAAAAAUACAGAUAAGUAUACCUCAUUAUUUAACUAUAUAUCUAUGAUACAGUUUUUCCCUGCAAUAUGGAGCCCAAGUCCCAGUCUCCAAGUCUCAUAGCAACCCAAGAAUCAGCAAACAAUGCUUCCAGAAGAUAGAAAUGGACACUCCUAAGGUCACCAGCAAUCCUAUCCUGCAAUGUUAACUGGAGCCAUGAGAGAAAGCAACCAUUGCAGAGCAGCAGCCAGCAUAGGCAAGCCAUGCCCCAGCUCCUGACACUGGCCUCAGGUGCAUUCACAAGGAGGUGGUAGGAUGCCCAGCUGUUCCAGUUUGUUGUGGAUAGAGGAGUGUCACAGAAUGAAGGACUUUCAGUGCUAAAACCAGAGAAGUCCUGGGUAAAUUGGGACAAGUUGGUCACCUAGAUCAUGGUGAGUGACAUUUGACUCCUUUCCUGUUUUCAUUUGAUCAGGCAGACUCCUCCAGAAGACAAAAAAUAGUAUUCAGAGAAAAUUACUAAAGGCCUGCUGAUGAACAGACAUCUCCGUCAUUGUUUUAUUAUUAAUAAUAAUGCUGUAAUAAUAAACCAUAUUUAAAAGGAAACUAAAUAUAUCUCUUUCUAAGGAAAUUUCUAGAAAAUCAAGACAAACACUACUGGGAUGAUUUUCACAGAAGAUUUACUCUUUGGGUGGUAAGAGAGCACUAAGAAAGUAGCUAUUCUGAUGGGCAGGAGGUAGAAAAGAAAAGCUAGGUUACUUGACAUAGUUCAGAUACUACAAAUCUGGUGCUCCUGAUCCACAGAAGGGAGUGUGGACAUAGACCUACUCUGGGCAUGAGAGUAACAGGAAGAGGUACAAGAGUGAGAUGAAUAAUUCUCUGCUAGAAAGUUUGAGGCAAGCCUUGGGGGGCUACUGGCUUUGUGGGCUGUUGCCAGGGCAGUUGCUACCCACCUGUGCUCUGGCCUGAACCUGGCUGAGUCAGAAUGCUCUGACUGCUAGGAGUAAUUACAGCCCAGGAGGACACGGAAGGGUUAAGUAAUUAUAGCCGAGAAGGUUACACCCCAGGUUAUGGCACUGCUGUGCACAGAACAUGAGGCAAGAUACAGGCAGGUGUGGGCAAAAGGUACACAUGCUUCAAAGUAUUAUUAAAAAUGUGUGGGUCUCCAUGAAGCUCUACUAUACUCAAGUUUACCAGGAUAUUUGGGUAGAAAUGGGGAUGAUGACUCUCAUCGUUUAUAUAAUCCAGAGUGCUGAUAAAAGAAGUAAAGUUUUGAAAGCUCCAGUGCCCGCUCAUGGUCAUCCCUAACCAGCUUUACCUGCAGUCCCUGUGAAAUGAAACGUCAGUCAGCCUGUAAAUUUAAGCAGGCUGUGUUAGACGGGGAACAUCACUGUAUACUUGCAUAAGUAUAGCUUAGUUCAUAACAUGAAUGAAUGGAUCUGUGAGAUGCACUGAACAACAGCAAAGAUCAGGAGUACAGUGGGAAACAGAGGUCGUUGCUGAGUAAACUCAAAAGAUUUAGUACACAGGCCAGAGACAUGGCUGAGGCACGGGGAGCUUAUUCUUACUAGAUGCUGGACAGUUACUGUGGCUUCAAUGAGAUAACGCACAGAGAUGCAGAGUUCUUAUAUAGCGCAUAGUUAACGCUUACUGUCACUUAUUUUUAGUUUUUGCACCUCUGAAAGCUAAUAAUUGAAUUUCCCCUGGUAUAGAAGCUGGUGAACAGCAGUCAAAAAAUGAAUUUCUUUACUGGGAAUAAAAGUUGUGCAAGUUGUGUUUGUUCCACCAACAUUUUUCUUUGAUCCAAAUGGGCAGUAUAGAAAGAUCAGCUUUUUUCUAGAGUGGCUAGAGAACAAACAAUGAUGUCAGGGGCACAUAUGCCAGGAAGAGACCACUAAUGACCUCUUACAGGCCUCCCAAGGUAGCAUCAUGACCUGAAUGCAGCCAUGCAGGCCAGGAGCUGUAAUUUUAUCUAGCCAUAGAAAGAAACGCUUAUCUCAGAUGUUAGUUCUGCACAUUAAUCAAACUUAAAAGAGUCAAUACAAACCAGUGUAUCUUUUAUUUGUAUUUUUAAAUUUUAUUAUUUUUAUUUUUCAAUAAUGUAAUACAAUCAAUCAAUCAAUAACACUGGCCCAUGUAUGGGCCAGUGUUGAC